AUUGUUUUUAUUAUGUAAGCGUUUUCUGAAAGCAAUACAGCAUUUGAUGCUGUUGAAUGUUGUAGUGAACACCGUGAGCCAAACUCCUCCAGUGCGUUAAUACAGAGUGUGCUUUAAAGCCUCGUUUCACAUGGUGCUUUUCAUAAACUAAAGUAACAGGACCCCAAGCUUUUUUCUCUCCAGCUGAGACCAUCAUGAGACCUCGUGAGAUGUGGAGGUAAAAACGCAAUCGAUUCGUGCCAUUGUCCCGCGCACACACGCGCUCGGUGCGAGUCUCUAUUGUGCGCGGCGCGCAGAUGGCAGAUGGAUCCGGUUCCAGACGGACUCUGUGCCGGGUUUUCGUCCCUCCUUCUUCAGAUCAAUGAAGUCUCAUCGCCAAACUCAUCGCGCACAGAGAGCGAGCGGCGCGGCGUGGCGCGUCAGUCAGUCAGAGGAACCGCCGCGUGCGUCACGACCGGGACCGAGGAUGGAGAAUCGCGCUGUUUAACGACACGGUAUCGCUCGCGCUGAUCGUUUCCAUUCACGGGAGCGCAGGAUCCUCAAUCGCACGGAUUGAUUGAUUGAUUAAUAGCGGAUUUUGCGGUGAUUUUGACCAUCAUGGGCUGCGUCACUGGAGAUAUUCACCGGAGCAGACUUUACGCACUCCUCAUCGGGCUGCAUGUUCUCACCGGUGUCUCCAAAACGCACGGCUCGGAUGCUCGGCGGUCUUUCGUGGAGCUGCGGUUCGUGCUGGAGCCGCAGGACGCGGUGACGGUUCGGGGCGGUGUGCUGCAGCUGGACUGCGAGGCGCGCUCUGAUCAGGGCGUUCCGGUCAUCUCCUGGAAGAAGGACGGCGUGCUGCUGAGCUCGCUGGUCGACGAGCGCAGACAGCAGCUGUCCAACGGAUCGCUCCUGGUGCAGAACGUGCUGCACUCGCGCCACCACCGUCCAGACGAGGGCUCGUACCAGUGCCUGGCCUCGCUGGAGGGCCUCGGAGCCAUCGUCAGCCGCACCGCUGAAGUCUCCGUCGCCGGUCCUCUGCGUGUGGUCGUCCCCACCGAGUCGGUCUUGGCUCAUCUGGGCGACACGGCUCUGCUGCGCUGUGAGGUGAUGGGCGAGCCCAUGCCCGUGGUGCGCUGGCAGAAGAACAGGGAGGACCUGCCCUUGACCUUUGACCCCGACAGCAGAGUGGUCAUCCUGCCCUCCGGAUCUCUGCAGGUCAGCAGAAUCCAGCCGCCGGACUCGGCCACGUACCGCUGUCUGACGGAGAACCCCAGCAGCUCCCGCACCGGCACAGACGCCGACCUGCGCGUCAUACCGGAGCCCGGAGUAGCGCGAGCACUGACGUUCCUCCAGAGGCCUCAGAAGGUCAUGGCUCUACAGGGCAGAGAUGCGGUUCUAGAAUGUUCCGCCUCCGGCUAUCCCACCCCAUCCUUCUACUGGAUGAGAGGAGACGAGCUGAUCCAGAGCAGAUCAAAGAAAUACUCUCUCCUGAGCGCCAGCAACCUUCUGAUCAGCAGCGUCACAGAUGACGACUCGGGAACAUACACCUGCGUCGCUCACAACAAACAGCAGAACAUCUCCGCGCCCUGCGAGCUCUCCGUGCUCGUGCCGCCUCAGUUCCUCAGCUACCCGUCGAACACGUAUGCAUAUGAAAGCACGGACAUCGAGAUGGAGUGUGCCGUGACGGGAAACCCGCAGCCCACCGUCCGCUGGGUGAAGAACGGAGAGGCCGUCAUUCCCAGCGACUACUUCCAGAUCGUGGAGGGCGGUCAUCUCCAGAUUCUGGGUCUGGUUCGCUCAGACGAGGGUUUCUAUCAGUGUAUCGCUGAGAACGAGGCGGGAAACAGUCAGGCGAUGGCUCAACUCAUCCUGCUGCAGCCCGUGACCCCGAGCUCAGGCGUCCUCCCCUCCGCUCCCCGUGAUGUGGCCCCUGUCCUCGUGUCCAGCCGCUUCGUGCGCCUCGGUUGGCGGCCCCCGGAGGAGCCGCACGGAACCGCCCUGACCUACGGCGUCUUCUUCUCAGAGGAGGGAAUCAACAGGGAGCGCAGCGUGAACGUGACGGAGGCCGAGAGUCUGCAGCUGACGGUCAAUAAUCUCAGACCCGAGGCCACUUACUCCUUCAGGGUGGUGGCGUAUAAUGAGCAGGGCCCCGGAGAGAGCUCAGAGGCCAUCCGACUGUCCACGCAACCCGAGCUUCUGGUUCCUGGUCCAGUGGAGAACCUGCGGGCAGAAGCUCCGUCUCCAUCCUCCAUCCAGGCGUCCUGGGAUCCUCCGUCCCACGCCAGCGGCCCCAUCCAGAGCUACAGACUGCUGUGGACCGAGACGUCCACCGGGAAAGAGCAGAAUGUGGAGGUGGUGGGUCAGAGCUACAGGAUGGAGGGACUGAAGAAGUUCACAGAGUAUUCGUUACGAGUGCUGGCGGUCAAUCGGCACGGGCCCGGCCUCUCCAAGACAGACACGCUCAUCACCACGCUCUCAGACGUGCCCAGCGCUCCACCGCAGAACAUCUCACUGGAGGUCGUCUACUCACGGAGCAUUAAGGUGAGCUGGCAGCCUCCACCUGCAAACACGCAGAACGGAUUCAUCACCGGAUACAAGAUCCGCCAUCGCAAAACGGGCCGGCGGGGGGAACAGGAGGCCAUCGAACCCAACAACCUCUGGUGCCUGUUCACCGGACUGGAGAAAGGCAGCCAGUACAGCUUCCAGGUGGCAGCCAUGACGGUCAAUGGCACGGGGCCCAGCAGCGAGUGGCACACUGCCGAGACGCCGGAGAACGACCUGGACGAAACUCAAGUUCCCAACCAGCCGAGCUCUCUGCACGUGCGUCCACUGCCCAACAGCAUCAUCAUGAGCUGGACUCCGCCGCUGAACCCCAACAUCCUCGUGCGCGGCUACAUCAUCGGCUACGGAGUGGGCAGCCCAUACGCCGAGACCGUGAGAGUGGACAGCAAGCAGCGCUACUACUCCAUCGAGAACUUGGAGCCCAGCUCUCAUUACGUCAUCUCUCUGAAGGCCUUCAAUAACGCAGGUGAAGGAGUUCCUCUGUACGAGAGCGCCGUCACCAGAUCCAUGUCAGACCCCUCGGACCCGUCCGAUGACGAUCUGUUCCAUCUGUUUGAUAAAUUCCCUACCCCCAUCCCAGAUACGUCCACGCCCAUGAUUCCUCCUGUAGGUGUGCAGGCCGUGGCGCUCAUGUCCGACUCGGUGCGCGUCAGCUGGGCCGAUAACUCCAUUCCCAAGAACCAGAAGUCCUCAGAGGUGCGCUACUACUCCGUCAAGUGGAAGACCAGCCACUCCACCAGCAGCAAAUACAAGUCGGCUGAUACUACAGCCCUCAGUCACACUGUCACGGGUCUGAAGCCCAACACCAUGUAUGAGUUCUCUGUUAUGGUGACUAAAGGACGCAAGUCCAGCACGUGGAGCAUGACGGCACAUGCCACUACUUAUGAAGCAGCACCGAGCUCAGCCCCAAAGGACCUGACUGUGAUUGGCCGAGAGGGACGUCCACGAGCCAUUCUGAUUAGCUGGCAGCCGCCGCUGGAGGCCAACGGACGAAUCACAGGUUAUAUCCUGUACUACACGCUGGACAAGAACAUGCCCAUCGACGACUGGGUGAUGGAGCCCAUCGGCGGAGACCGGCUCACGCACCAGGUCAUGGACCUCAACCUGGACACCAUCUACUUCUUCCGCAUCCAGGCCAAGAACGCCAAAGGAGUGGGUCCGCUGUCGGAGCCUGUGCAGUACAGGACGGCCAAAGUUGAGCAUCCGGAUAAGAUGGCCAAUGAUCAAGGUCGUCAUGGAGACAGCGGUUACUGGCCUUCUGACAAUAACCCGAUUGACAUGAGCAGCCUGAACGAGCCUCCGAUCGGUCAGAUGCGGCCGCCUCAUGGCAGCGUGACGCCGCAGAAGAACAGCAACCUGCUGGUGAUCAUCGUUGUUUCUGUGGGAGCUGUGACUGUGGUGGUGGUGGUGAUCGUCGCCCUGAUCUGCACCCGCCGCUCAUCCGCACAGCAGAGGAAUAUUCUAAGUGAGCCGCCACGUGCACAAAGUGCAGACGGGGAUGAUGCUUCCAGCAGCAUUUCCACAUUAGAGCGAUCGUUAGCUGCCCGCCGGGCCACGCGCACCAAGAUGAUGAUUCCCAUGGACUCUCAGCCCAGCAACACACCGGUGGUCAGUGCCAUCCCGGUGCCCACGCUGGACAGCAGUCAGUAUCCGGGCAUCCUGCCGUCGCCCACCUGCGGAUUCACCACACACCCCAAAUUCACCCUGCGGCCCAUGCCUUUCUCCACACUGAGCGUCGACCGCAGUUACGCUGCCGCGAUGUCAGCGGAGGGCGCCGCUCCAAUGGCCCCGCAGCAGCCGCAGGCGCUGAUUCCCACGGCGCAGUCGGAGCCGUCGGGGUCGGAAGAGAUUCCCAGCCGCACCAUCCCGACCGCUUGUGUGCGGCCCACGCAUCCCCUGCGCAGCUUCACCAACCCGCUCCUGCCUCCACCCAUGGGCACCAUCGAGCCCAAGGUCUACACGCCCAUGACAGGUGGGAGUUUACCCAAACCGCAGGUGAAGACGGCCUCGCUGGGUCAGGCUGGGAAGGCCCGCUCUCCGUUACUGCCUGUUUCAGUGCCGACCGCUCCGGAGACGGCUGAAGACGGACAGAAGCAGCCAGAUGACCCCACCAACGUGUACGAGCAGGACGAUCUGAGCGAGCAGAUGGCCAGUCUGGAAGGUCUGAUGAAGCAGCUCAAUGCCAUCACGGGUUCGGCCUUUUAAUGCAGACGCAGAGGACUCUCUCUGACUCACCUGAAGCCCUCAACCGGGAUUAUAACGGGAAAAUGACUCCGAACCGAAUCUCCGCGCUGGAGAAGAAGCGUCUCUUUUCUAACACUGUCUGAGAUUUUAUACUGGUUUACAUACGAUCUGAACGCAGAUCCAUCAGGAGGAAGACUGUGAGGAUUCCUGAGCUUCAUCUACUGACGGAAACCUUUCCCAUGGGAUUAUUAGCGAUUCACCUCAAACACGACCGAGUUGCCAAAAUGCACAUUUUCACUGACAUCUUGCCAAUCUAUUGCUGCCAAAAUCCCUUGAAUACACUUCACUAGGGAACUGUAUGUUCACACUAGAAAGCGGUUGGAUGAAGCCGAGAAGAUCGGAUCAUUUUGCUCACGCAGCACUGAUUUUUAUUGUUGAUUGUUUGCUGUGUCUCUUUGUGAAUCUCAUAUUGGUUUAUUAUUUGACCACAGAGGAACUGUAAACCCCUGCGGUGUGCUCUUGAGUUCACUUUAUGCAUUUCAUCUCCAUCCAGGGAUAAAUGAACCACUUGUG